GCCACCGUGCGGCCAAGACGCAGUGAUGCCGGAGGAGCAGGGCUGGGCAGCGGGCUGGCACGAGCAGCAGCAGCGGCGGCAGAGCUGUUCAUAAUAAUCCUCCUCAUAUCUGAUGCUGAUCGUCCGCAGGAUGCAUUAAGGGUCAAAGGUGAGCUAACGAGGCAGAGAUGAGUCUGACUUCCUGGUUCCUGGUGAGCGGCGGGGGGACGCGUCAUCGUCUCCCCAGGGAGAUGAUCUUCGUGGGGAGGGACGACUGUGAGCUCAUGCUGCAGUCCCGCAGUGUAGACAAGCAGCACGCCGUCAUCAACUACGAGCCAAACACAGACGAACACAAAGUGAAGGACCUGGGCAGCUUGAACGGAACAUUCGUCAAUGAUGUCAGAAUACAGGAGCAAAUCUACGUCACACUGAAAAUUGAUGACAAAUUGAGGUUUGGAUAUGAUACCAACCUGUUCACUGUGGUUCGAGGAGAGAUGCAUAUUCCAGAGGAGGCCCUCAAGCAUGAGAAGUUCAGCAGCCAGCUGCAGCUGAACCAGAAGAGACCUCCAGAGGGGGAACCAGCAAAGUCUGAGGUGAAACCCUCCGAGGCAGCAGCAGCAGCAGCAGCAGCAGCGUGUGAGGCGGCCACCACCAAGCCCCCCGAGGCCAACAGGUUGGAAGAUAAGACGACAGGAGACGUAGCAGUGUUGCACAGAAUCACACCCCUGUACGGCCAGCCGGCCUGGUGGGGAGAUGGAGACGAUGAUAAGAGACGAUCUGAGGAGAAGGGCUCAGAUCGGAAGCAAGAAAAAGCUGAAUCAGACACCAAGAAAAAUACAGAGGUCCCAAAGUCUGCCCAGCAGACAGCUUCCAAUCCAGAGCCGAGCUACUUUGAGAUCCCGACCAAGGACGCUCCGUCAGCAGGUAAAGCGAGCGGUGAAGCACCCUCACGAGAACAAGAGGCUGGUGCUUCUUCUGCCACAGGCCACGCCUCCUUCACCAUUGAGUUUGACCCCGGGGCGACGGGUAAAGUGACGGUCAAAGAUCGAGUAGCGAAGGUGGGACCGGAGACCAGGCCACGCCCUAAAAGGGCCGUGGGGGAGGAGCUGAGUCCACUUCAGACAGCCAUGGUGGCUGCUGAGGUCAAAGUUGCCGACUGGCUGGCCCAGAACGAGCUGCCGCUGGCUCUGAAGGACACGGUCGCAGAGGAAGACGGGGAGAGUGUGAAGAGUGAUGUGCCUGUUCAACUGAAGAGUCUUAAAGGCAGUAAACAUGAGGACGGUACUCAGAGUGACUCAGAGAACGCCCUUGGGGAGCAGCGCAGGGCUGCAGCCAUGGAGGAGCGCUCCUGGGGUCUGUGGAGCGGUGCAGGCCUGAAGAUCAGGGAGGGCCGCGCUAACGUUCCAGAGGGGCUCUUUGCAGAGGAGGACAGUCCUGCUCGCCGCCGCAAGUCUUCGACUUCCAAAGUGGCGGGUGGAUUCGUAGAGAGGCGGCGUGGUUCGGCACCACAUCAGCAGAGCAGCCGUGAAGAGUGCUAUCACCAUGGAGACGAUUAUAGUGAUAGGGGCACCUAUACUAUUGAGCUGGAGAAUGGAGAUCACGAGGAGGAAGAAGCGAGGAAAAUGAUUGACAAGGUUGGUGUGUUGCAGGUGUUUGGUGUGGAUGAGCAGGAAGGUGUGUGUGUGUCCAGGGUGGGGGGGGCUGACCAAAGAGAGAGGCUCACCUCCCACAGCAGGUCUGGUCCUGGAGACAGAGGGAAGCCUGGACGCAUGGAGACAGAGGUACUAUCUGAGGAACUGAUGGUGGGUGGUCCUCGCUGGGUCUCACAGUGGGCCACUCUGGCUGCCAGUCACAUUAGGACAGACCCUGAGGGAUCAGGAGGAGAGAGCCACAUCAUGGUCACAGAGGACAGAGCUGAAAUAAGUGAGUCCAGCCACUCAGCCUCCUUUGCCUCCUCUGGCUACACGGAGCGCAAGAGGAGGACCCUGCCCCAGCUGCCUGGUGAGGAGCUGGCCCUAGGAAGGAGGACCCCAGGUGCAGGCCUGCGUACAGAUAUGGGGGAGAAACAGGACACAGAGCCACAGGAGAAGGAGAGCCAGGAGGACAAGAUGUCCAGGGGAAAGAAUCGGCCAAGUCACGGCACAGGAGGCGUGGGCAGUCAUGGCGGAAGCCCCAGUCGCUCCUCGCCAGCCAAGUCACAGGACAGUGCUGGUGGGAGAUCAGGGCAGUCAGGUGUGUUGGCAAAGCUCCCCCCUCGGCCGCUGACCAGCGGAGAGAAGAGGAUGGAGGAGUCACGGAGGAGGAAAAAGGAAGAGGAGAAGGCCAGGGAAAGUAGUGGGAAACCAUUAUUUAGGCAGGAGAGUUUUACUGUCGACAAACCAAGCGCCAACAUUGAGCUCAUACCUCGGAUUGACGCGGUCACAGGCAGAACUCAGACUAGGGAGACUGGCGUUGACAGCACCAUGCUGCAGAAGGACUCGGAAGCCGUGGCAGCAUUUUUAGAGACGACUGUGUCGGAUCAAGGUGAUCCACCAAGCCAGUCCAUCGAAGGCUCCAUGUCACCAGAGUCAGACGUGGACACGACCAGCACGGUCAGCCAGGCCGAGGGAGCAAGAAAAGUCAUACAGAAGAGGCGAACUCUCGCAGGGCAGCAGAAAGAGAAAACGGUCUUGUGCUCAACCGGCAAAGGCCCCACUGGGGGCCGGGAGACCCAGGACAGGAGGGUCAAGAGCAGGGCCCCUGGUCCUCAGCCGCCCAGCCGCCCCUGGACUUCUCUGGACCUCACUGAUGAUGACGUCAACUCCAACUCGCUCCUCUCUGACUCCCAGCCCACCUCUACACAGGAAUCUAAAAGCUCACACACCAGAGCGCCGACUGGGAGCACAACAGUCGGGGCUAGCACCAAGUCUAGUCGGGCUAAAAUCACCCAGGCCCCAGCCUCUUCUGCAGUUAGCAAAACCGCCAGUGUUCCCAAGCCCAGGCCCACCAGGGCGUCCCUGCUGAGGCGAGCCCGGCUGGGGGACUCCUCAGACACUGAACCUGCCGAUCUUGACCGGAUGUCGGUGGCCUCUGAGGCUUCCACUGCUAGUUCCACAUCCAGGACAGGGAUGGCAAAAAGGGGGAUGUCCAGGAUAGAAGCUCUGGCACAACCGAGGAGGCCGAGGGUGGGCUCCCCGUCAGCCCAGAGUGACUCAGAGGCCACUGUGACCAGGAGUAGAGGCCUAGGGGCCCGGAGUGUUGCAGGUGAUUAUGCCAUCAGACAAGGACUGAGAGGGUCUAAUGUGAGCUCAGUUUCAGGACCCAGAGCCCGGGCAAACAGCGCCUCCAAACUGCCUGACAAGAAUAAAGGCACCUCCUCGUAUGGACAUGUCACACCUACAUCUGCCACCCGAUGGCGCCGCGUGCCUGUGGAGUACGCCUCCACCUCAGAAGACGAGUACGGUUCAAACCGCCACAUCUCCAAGCAGGGCCACGCACGGCCGUUCCCUUCCACUCGGGUAGCCCAGCUAGGAGGUUCGGCCCCGGCAACUCCUAGUCCUGCAGGCCUAUCUACCCUGAGGCAGCACUCCAGGGAACAGGAUGAGUAUAUGAGGGACUGGACAGCACACAGUGAGGAGAUAGCCAGGAUUAGCCAGGACCUAGCCAAAGACCUAGCCAUGCUUGCCAGAGAAAUACAUGAUGUGGCAGGAGAGAUCGACUCAGUCAGCCCGGCAGCCACUGACCCUGGAGCUCUGAUGGAGGAGCGUGUAUUUGAUGACAGCUUGGACCCGAGUGGUCCUUCUGCAGAGAACAGCAGCAUUGUGGGGACCAAUGGGCGGCCUGUGGAGCUUCGACCCCGAGUCUCUAGUGGACAGAGCUCUCGCUCCAUCCGCAGGCAGACAUGGAAUAGAGAUGAUGCGGUGCUAGACAGUUUACUACUAGCAUCUGUCACUCAGCUCUCCUCGAGGAUACGUCAGUCUGUUGACAAAACAACCUGCAAAAUCAGGAUCCUCUUCAAGGAUAAAGAACGAAAAUGGGAAGAGAUUGAGUGCAAACUGCAGGCAGAGCGCGACUCCUUACUUCUCAAGAGCUCCAAUAAGGAGAUAUCGACCAUUAUUCAAGACCUGAGGAGAGUGGAAAGACAACUGCUUGUAAUCGACAUGAUGGUGGACCCAGACGGCACCCUGGAUGCCCUGUCCACUCUGGGCCUGACCAGCCCUCUGACAGACCAGAAGAUCGGCCCUGGGACUCAGCAGGGGGCGUCGGUGUUGCAUCCUGGAGCUGAAGCCUCCUCCAGCACGCUGUCCAGGCCUGAAGGACUGGCCAAUGAAUCCUCAGACCAUGCAGAGGUGGCAGAGCGAGACCCGGGGCCCCGACAGAGCCCUAGACCCUACAACUGAUACGCCAAGGACAUAAUCAGAAUGCAUCCUUAAUGUUGGACAUAUCCUGACAGUGUGAGGUCAGAAGAAGUGUUUAGUUUCAGACGAAGGAGGAAAUUCGAUGGGAGAGCCUGACUGCCCUACUUGUGAAAGGACUUUAUAAAAGUCUAACACUACCAAAAAGCAGCUCUUGUCAGAUAUACAAUAUGAAAACAUAACAGUAUUAAUUGGUGGGCUUAUAAUGACAUAAUAUAAAGUAACCCAUCUGUGUUUUUGUGUUGCAGCUCAUUGUUAUUAUCCAUUAUCCUUAAAAACGUGACAAAAGAAAAGGCGUAAAAGAUGAGAAGAUAUAAUGUUAAACGUAAACUUUCCUAAUUCCUGCUGGCAUUCUUUUACUGGUUUUAUUACAAACUUUUAAAUCUUUCUAUUCAAAUCAUAAGGCCAAUGCAGAAACCCAAACUAGAAAGGUGCACAGGUGUCAAAAAGGAUUUAACUAUGGAAGCCCUAAGGGGGCAAAUGAGAAAUUCUGAUGAUCCAUUUCCAAGUCUGAUCUAAAUGGUUUUCUUUUCUGUGUUUAUGACUUAAGAACAGGUGAGAAAAACAUUUAGCCUGGAUAACUUUUUGAAGUUCCUUACUUAGUUUUUUCAGGAUAACGUUUCUAAGUUCCUAACGCACAUUAUCAAAAAGGUUUUGCCACACAAGAAGUGUUUGUUAUUGUAAUACCCAGUUUGGCCACAAGAGGCUGAAGUGCAUCACUAUCCUGUGUUCUAAAACUAUUUUCACCUGACUAAACUUUUUUUUUCUCACCUUUUUUCAUGAAUGAAAAUAAAAGAUCUGCAUUUGCAUCCGGUAAAAUCUUUUCCCCAACCUGUUUCACAGAUGUUUUUUAAGGAGCAGGUGAUGAAAAAAAGUUUUUACAGGUUUAAAAAAAAUGAAAUAGCACAUGGGGUGGUCAUGCACUUCAUCUUCUUCACUUCUUCAAACACUUGGCAAUGAUCCUGACAAAAAACAAAACUUUUUUUCCCUCUUGUUUUACAUAUUUUUAAAAAAUACCUUAAUAAGAUUUUUUUUUAAAAGACCUCUUUCCCCCUGCCCUUAAGUCAUAAACACAGGCGAACAAUUUAGAUCAGGCUUUAAAAAUCUAUCAGCAGAUCUUUUUUCUGACUUGCCUUUUAGUGCUUCCAUAUUCAGCAGAGGUAUUUGUGAAAAGUUUUCCUCUAUCCUUCCAUAUAAUGAUAAAUAUUAUAUUAAAAAAUCAAUUUAUUGUUGGCCUUUUGCAAUUGCAAUCCCCUAAACCUGCCUCAGUAAUGAUUUUCCAUCAGAAAAAAAAGCCAUGUUGCUUAUUUGCUGGGAAAGGAACUGGGUAUGUACAGUAUGUACCAGUGUAAAUGUUUAUUAUAGUUAAAAUUAACUCCUAUCCAUGCCUUUUUUCUUGUGGCAAUGUCAUUUGAAACCAGAGUCAAAGAGUCAAAGAUAGAACGUGUGUGUUGAUAGAAACUAUAAAAUCAAAUGUAGCUCCCAGAAAGGUUUUCCUCUUCCAAAUGUAUUUUGUCACAAGUGCCCUGGAUCAAACAAUCAUGACAGCUGGAGAUAAAGAGCUAGGAGAUGGUGAAGUGGAGGUGAAAUUUGUUUUUUGCACAUUACAAAGCUGAUAUAUGUUAUUAUUCAUCUCUGAGGGACCAGGACAUGACAUGCCCUACAGCGCUCCUUUAUCAUGUUGAUGUCCUCGACCAAAAACAAAGCAGGGUAACAGCCAGCUGCCUGUUUGUCAAAUUAUUUUCUGAUCUCAAACAAAAUGUUGUGUUUGAACCAGCAUCGACGGGGACUACCUCCAAGUCCUGCAGCUGCAUUUUAUUAUUAACCAUGCAAUGGGAGGAUGGACAGUGUAAUGACUGUAGGUUUUCCAAUGUCUUGCCUCAUACCAAUGUUUACACAUGAAUGUAACCUGAUCAGAACUGUUGAAACAUUUUAGCCAAAACAACUUGAAUAAAGAUUGACAAUUGCAUUUUGUGCUCGGCACCUACUGUACUUGUCUUUUAUUCAGUUUGAGCAUUUGGAGAUUUUUUGUUUGGAUGUUUUGUAUGAAUUUUUGUUUCUUUGUAAUGCUAUUAGGUUAAAUGUUGACCUUGCAAUACCUGUGUAUUGUUUGUCUCAUUUCCAAUAAAAUGCAUGAUAAUCAUGAA